GGGAAUUUUGCAUGGUGUUUUUGUCAAUGUUGGCAUAAUAACGACGUCAUGUUUCGCAAGCAGUGUAUUAUAUUCCCCGUUUAAGUGGGCAACUAAUGUUGACGACUUUGCAAAAUGGUAUGGCCCAUAAUUUUGUUGAAGGAACCUGAUGUGUUUGAAAUUGAUGAUUUUACCACUGCAUCUGAUUGGGAAAGGUUUAUAAAAAGCAUUGAAGAGAUAUUAGGACCCCAGGGCUGGAACCUUGAUAAACCUGUCACAGAUACGACUUUAAAGGCGAAACCAAAUGAUGAAUGGAUCAUUCAAUCUGAGGGACUAAAAUUUGCCAACUUCCACUUUUUGUUGAUGCACUAUAAACUGAACAAUUUAAAGAAUGAUGCCAUCCAAAAAAGUAAAUCACCUGUGGAGGGUUUGCCUCAAGCUGUUAUUGACUCCUUUGAUUUUGAAUACGACUUUCCAACACGGGCACAUUGUCUGAGUCGCUGGUAUGGUUUGAAAGACUUUUUAAUUUUAACACCAAGUAAUAAAGACGAAGAUAUUAAAAGUUUAUCAAGAACAAACUUGUUAUUGAGCUCGGUCGGAAUUGCGCUGUCAAACCUUAAAUGUCAACUUCCAAUGUUUAUACAAGUUCACAAAAAGCAUAGACUGUUUUUUUUUGGAAUGUGUUUGGGCGGCGGAUUUCGUACAUCUUAUGAAAUGAUUCAACUCAGUUACACACCACAUAGUUGUAAUCAUGUGCAAGGGAUGAUUGAAACAUUUCAAGCAAAACUUGCCUGUGAAAUAUCCGCACCAUUAUCCAUCACUGUCCGAUUUACGUAUACAAUAAACACAUGGCCUGAAGAACUUUGGUGUCAAGAUUUUACUGAACCAGAAUCUGAUCCGUUAGAUAAACUUCCAUUUGGUCCAUUACAGGAUCCCAUCAGAGACUUGCAACUAGCUGCCACUUGGCCAUGUUUGUCCAGUGAUGUUCUUGUCGAUGACGCGAACUGCAGCGACCUUGACCCUUUACACGCUCCGCGUUGGUCUCUCAAAGCACGAAACGUCGAUUUUUGUCCGACGUUGGUUUUUCAACACUUACAUGCAUUAUUAAAGCUUUGUCAGCAAACUAGUGACUCCACCGCCCAAAUCAUUCGAAGUUUAUCAAAAGACCACAACACGGGAGAAGACGUCGAAGCAUUAUCUGGAGAUGUUGGUCAUGUUUUAGACAGACUUGCGGAACCAGUACCUGCUCUAGCAUCGCCACUUACAAGUGUAAUGUCAAGUGCUACCAGAAAGCUUAUUAAGACGAAGUUAUUAAAUACACCGAUUCCUCCAAAGCUGUUAAAUAGGACGUUAGAGCACUUGUUUCCUGAUGCUUGGGUGACAAAAGAAGAAGCUGAAGCAAUUCAACACCGCCUCGAUGAUGAACAGAAAAAUUUGGAAUGCGACGUUGUGCGAAUGCAGGAUAAAUAUCGUCACAUGAAAUCAGCACCUGUGGACAGUUUGACUUAUAUGGUGGCUGUGUGUAUCUCCUUCGUGAAUCACAGCUACGGAGGUAUCAGUGCAGUGGCACAUUUAUGGCAUGAGUUUGUUCUUGAGUUAAGAUAUCGAUUGGACAAUGUCAUACUAUUGCCAAGGUUGGCACAGACAGCACCGAAUUUAAAUUUUUGUUUAUUUCACCAAAAACUUCAGAUGUUAAACUAUUGUAUUAAGAGAAAAUUAGAAAAACAUCAAGACUCGACAGACAAUUUGAAACGAACAGAGAGUAACACUUCUUCAUCUUCUCAUAUACAUGCUUCUGUAAGUUAUAAAGACUUCGUGUCAGAUGAUUUUACAAAUGAAUCUACCAAUAAAAACCAUGAUACAAAACCACGUGAUAACCCAUUUAGUGAACUAUUAGCUAAUAUCGAGCGUAGUGACAGUAAUUUAAAAACUGAGAGUGUGAGUUAUUCUGAUCUGAAAACGAUGAGUGAUUCAGAUGAUUCUGACGAUGAAUUUUUUGAAGCGCGGGAAGAAAUUGGAACAAGUCUAGAAACAUUGAACGUGAAUAGAAGUGUAGACGAUAACGUGUUAGAAGAAAAUCAUGUGCCCUUUAAAAGUGACGUAUCAGGGACAUGCGAUGAAAAACCAGACGGUGUUUUAGAAGAAACUAAGAUGAAAUUGUUAUUGAAUGACGAACCUUUACGUAUUCCUAUCACGCAGGAAGCGCCACCUCUUACAGAAGAUAUGCUGCUGGAACAAGAAGACAUACUUACACAGCUUGGCACAUCAGAAGAGGCUGCUAAAGUGCGUGCUAAAAUGCAAUCCGCCUCCUUGGUGUCUGACAUGGCUUCAUUCAAGGCUGCCAACCCUGGCUGUAUUUUGGAGGAUUUUGUUCGCUGGUAUUCUCCCAACGACUGGUUACCUGGAAUGGAGACAGACGAAGAGAAGCAAGAGUUAAAGCGGAUAAUACAAGAAAGAAAGAAGGAAAAUAAAGAUCAAAAGAAAUGUUCAUCAGAUGGGUGGGAAUUUGAACUUGAUGAUGACAUGGACAUAUUAGCAGAAAAUCUAGACGAUCAAGAUUACGCCAAGUGGACUGAAGAAGGCCAUUUAAGUCUGCGCAUGCGUGUACCUGGUAAUAUAUGGAAAGAGACGUGGAAUACAACAAAACGUGCGCCAGCACGAUUGCAGAAACGUUUAUUUGACGACACUAAAGAAGCAGAAAAGGUACUCCACUUCUUCACCAGUCUAACGCCAUCUGAAGUGGCUUUGCACUUAUUCCCAGUCGUAGUACAGUCAGGCGUGAUCAGGAUUUGUGAAGAAGAUGACAGUGUUGAAAUACCAUCUCUGAUUGAUAACAUUAUUAAAGACACUUCAAAACUUUAUUCACCAUCACCAGGAAAUUUCAAGUUAAUGGAGAAUAUUGUGAAGCAAAUACAUAUGGCGGAGAUGAAAAUCUGUCGUGUGGAAAGUCUACGUUUAAAGUUCUCUGAAGAAAAUGCGUCAGCGACAGACACAAACGAAGAAAUAGACACUUUUAUUCGCAGUUUAUUGGAGAAAAAUGAAGUUGUAAUAAAGGGUGGUACGCAAAGCAGUAUGGGAAAACUGAUUACUAAACUUCUGCAAUAUCAAAAGGAAGAAGAAGAUGCAAGCAAGAUGCCUCCAUUGAUGGUGGAAACCAAACUAGAAAAAAGAUCUGUUGAAUUUCCGCGUCCAGCCGGACGAGAGUACAUACUAAGAACAACCUUACCAAGACCUAGUAAAACCUCUAGACCUUCUCCGCAGAGGUUGUUUACCGUGAUUACACCGGACGAUUUUCGAAUGGCUGGAAGUUUUACCCAGGAUACGACUUUUAUUUAGCUUAUGAAAAAUGAGUCAGAUGGAAAUUAUUUAUGACAAAUUGAAAUUAUUAUUGUUGUUGUUGCGUAUAA